ACUCAAUAUUAAUCUUGUUUUUGUUCAUUUACUUCAAUUUUUUCUACUUCACAAACAAAAUUUAGAUUAAAUUAUUUAAUUCUUCAUACCCGCAAUUAUUUUCCAUAAAUAAUGGUCAAUAUUACGAUGUGCAUAAUAUUAAAUAUUAAAUAUCACAGCAUUAUGUGAGAAGAAAUCGUUUUUUUUUGCGUCUGUAUAUCGUAUAUCGUUUUCCGUCAAUUAUUUACAGAGUUAAAAACACGUGGAUUGUCAAUAAAAUUCAUAUUCGAGAUUUAAUAAAAAGGAAUAUAAAAUUCAAACAGAAAAAGAAAAUUGUCGCAUAUAUGUAUAUGUGUAAAAAAAAAAUGGAGACAACCGUAAAAAAUAUGGAUAAUGAAAAAAAUGUAAAAAAAAUUCAUAAUGAAUUGCACGACGGUGGAGUUACAAAUUUCAAUUGGAUUGUCAAAAAUUACGACAAUGUUAUAUCAUCUGAUGGUGUAAUUACUUCGAAUGUAUUUUCCAUUGAAGGUACUACUCCAAAGUUGAAGUGUACCAUUCAAAUCGACAAAAUAGACAGUUCUUAUUGUUCAUCGCGAAUGAAAGCAGGUGAUUACGUUCACAUUCAAAUAUUCAAUGUCCAACAGUUGGAAUUGCAUUUGGAAAAAAUGGUUAAAAUCAAACUCACGCUUGGCGUCAUUAAGAAGAAUAAAAUUCACUUUAAAAAUAGAUGUAUAAUAUCAAAAUUUAAAUAUUUUAUUGAUGAAAAUGAAAUAAAAAAAUCACUAUCUGCAAAUGGUUCAUUACAUUUAAAUCUUCAAAUUAAACAAUUGGAAAAUAUGAAAAAAACCACUAAUACAACAAUUGACAAUAAUUUUCAAUCAUUUUUCUUAAAUAAUGCAUUGAGUGAUGUGACAUUUAAUAUUGAUAAUCAUAAUUUUCCAGCUCAUAAAAUUGUAUUGUCAUCAAUGAGUUCUGUAUUUGAAAAAAUGUUUUCACAUCAAAUGAAAGAAAAUAUUACAAAUAUUGUUGUUAUUGAAGAAAUUGAUGGUGAUGUUUUUAAAGAAAUGUUACGCUAUAUUUAUAUGGGUAAAAUAGAAAAUUCAAAAAAUGUUGCCUACGAUCUUCAUGAGCUGGCCAAUAAAUAUGAUAUACCAAAAUUACGAUUAAUUUGUCAACAAUAUUUGGAAAAUUAUUUAACCGUUAAUAAUGUAAUAUCAAUAUUACAACUUGCCGAUUUUCAUAAUUCUUUGAAUUUAAAGAAAAAAUGUAUUAUUUUUAUUCAAAAACAUUUUAAUGAAAUUGGAUCAAUGGAGGCGUAUAAAAAUUUAAAACAUGAAUUGUUGUUAGAAUUACUUUUCGCCAUGAAUACUAAAUGCUCACGAGCAUCGUAAUUUUAUUUCUUUUAAAAAAAAAAAAAAAAAAAAAAAAAAGAUCAGAUUUUAUUUUUUUACGAAAAGAAAAAAAUUGUUUUUAGAAAAAUACUUCCUUUUUUUCAUGUUAUUAGCGAAUUGAUGAAUAUUCGUGUAUUGAU